GGAGCCCAGUAAGAAACCAAGACCGUUGCAAACGUGGGCACGGCCCCAUGGUAAUGUAUAGCGGCGUGCAUUCACGACCAACCAGCGGACACAGACAAAGACCCGAUCAAUGUAUAGCGGGCGAACGGGCACUAUUUAAAUGCAACUUUGGCGACGUAACGCUACAUCUGAUAGACUCACGGACCGGCGCAAUAGAGCAGUAAUGGCAUUAUAGACCAACAACACAUACAGAUUGGUGUUAACUUAUUUCUCCGAAGAAGACAAAAAACUAAGACUGAAUUAAAAGCUUGGUGCUCGACGUAUUCUUGAACAUUUGACACAGCGUCUGUGGUUUUGAAACUCUACCGCAGUGAAGUAUUGGUGAAGAGACAGCAGCUAACGGCUAUAUCGGUUUAAAGAGCAUGCCCACAAUAACGCCAGAAUACCUGGUUUUGACGUUCAUGGUAAUAUUUGUUGCUGGUAUGGUCAAUGCUAGGCCAAAAAUUGGACGAAGAUUUUGCGCACAUUACCCCUUUGCUCCCCGAUGUUUGGGUGUGGCAGCGAAAAGGGAUGGAGAAGAGGCAAAUAAAAUGGCUAACGGUGGUUUACCAGACUAUGGCGACAUUGCUUCAUUAGUUUUGCGAUCCAAAAGCGAUAUCGACGAUAGUCCAGUUGAUGAUUGGGAUAGUCAUGAAGGAACGGAUGACGUCAGCAAAGCUGUCAUAGUGCCAUUAGGUGUGCUGAGUAAGAUUCUUGGCACAAAACCAGCAGCAGCGCUAAACAAAGCACAGAAAAGGCGCCUAGAUAUGUGGCUUGACUACGACACUGGCCGGGAGUGACAGAAUUCAAGCCGAAAAAAUGUGAAUUGCCUUGUUCGGCAUUAGUGUUCCUUCGAAAGUCUUACUUUUCAAAAAAUAUUUUGCCUGUAUCAAUUUUCUGUAUUCAAAGGCUUAAAAUGAUAGAACAAGCAUAUCUAUACUUUAACGGAUAUUUUCUUAUAUAUUUCUAUAUAUCAUAACACAGUUGUCGCUCGUUAAAUAUUUUCCUUACUAUAGCACUAUGGUAUACAGAUAAGGGAAAAUUGCUUUAGAAAUGUACAGAUAAUUUAUAUAAAUAAUUUCAAACAUUAUUUUGUUACAUUUAAAUGUAUAUAUGCGAUGAUCCAGGGAAACAAUGAUAGUUUCAUCAAU